AUGUCCAUAGUAACAGCUCCAUUUCAAGUGCGCGAAUCUGAGAGGCGCUCACUGAGCGUGAUUGCACAAUUGGCUUCCGAAAUCCGAUUCUGGGAAGAGCUCUGGAAUCAAGGAGAUGGCGAUUGGGAGGUGCCCUCGUUCGGUAUGCUCAUUCAUCUGGCGAUGAUUAAUUGGCAUGUUUCUGGCUUGAUUGUGGUGCGACGUGGCGAGGAUGCAAAUAGAAUACGGCCGUAUCGGCGCAUCAUCACUUUGCUGCCGACAAUGUGUUGCUGCUCAUCAUGA